CAAUUAUUGACGUUUGCAAAAGUUUGGUUUUAUUUGGAUGGUGUAUGUAUUUACAUUUUAUUACGUUUCUUUCAUCUUAAAUUUUAAUCUGAAAGACUGCGUGCUUUUAUAAAAUACUUUCAGUAAAUUGAGCAACUUGCAGCCGUGAUUUCAUAAACUCGGCACCAUGGCGGAUGCUGCGGCUCGACAGCUCCAGUAUGAGUAUAAAGCGAACUCUAAUCUCGUACUGCAAGCUGAUGUCAGACUUAUUGAGAGGAGAAGCCGAGAUGAAGCUACUGGAGAGGUUAUGUCUCUUGUGGGAAAGCUCAUUGGUACUAAAAUGGGAGACAGAGCUCAAAGAACUCGACCAGGGAAGGCCGAAGAACGCAAAGUGAAGCGCCAGAAACGUGAUGAAGCCCAGUAUGACUUUGCGAGAAUGCGUGGGGCGACUCUUCUAUCAGAAGGUGUGGAUGAGAUGGUGGGAAUCAUCUACAAACCAAAAACUCAAGAGACCAGACAGACAUAUGAAGUAUUGUUAAGUUUUCUGCAGGAAGCACUUGGUGACCAACCUAGAGAUAUACUUUGUGGUGCAGCAGAUGAGGUACUGCAGGUAUUGAAGAAUGACAGAUUAAAAGAAAGAGAGAAAAAGAAGGAGACUGAAGCACUACUAGGCACCAUAGCAGAUGAAAGGUUUGCAUUGCUUGUAAACCUAGGCAAGAAAAUAACAGAUUUUGGUAAUGAAGAAAACAAGCAGACUACAGGUGAGGAGAAUAUUGAUGAACAAUAUGGCAUAAAUGUGCAGUUUGAAGAAUCUGAGGAAGAAGAUGAUGAAGACAUGUAUGGGGAAGUUAGAGAAGAAAUGGAUGAAGAAGAAGGAGAAGAGGCAAAGGAAGAUGGUGCGAUACAUGCAGAAAACCUUGGAGGUGUAGAAGAACUGAAGAAGGAAAAACCUCUUCAUCCCUUAGACAUAGAUGCCUACUGGUUGCAAAGAAGGUUAUCCAAAGUCUAUGAUGAUGCUAUGGUCUCACAAGCAAAAGCAAAUGAAGUUUUAGAGGUACUCAAAAAUGCAAGUGAUGAUAGAGAAUGUGAGAACCAGUUGGUACUCUUGUUAGGAUAUGACUGUUUUGAUUUCAUAAAACAGUUGAAGAAACAUAGAAAAAUGAUUCUCUAUUGCACUUUGCUGGCUAAAUCGCAAUCAGACUCCGAACGCCAGAAGGUCAAGGACAAGAUGUCUGAGGAUUCAUCUCUAAACCGCAUCCUGAAGCUUCUCGAAACUGGAAAAGGUGAUGAUGACGACAAUGAAGACGACAAUGCUGCCAGACACAGAAGAAGAAGAAAUGAAGAUGAUGAUAUGGACACUAGCAGUGCUCAAGUGGCAGGGUCAAGACACCUCAUCGAUUUUGAGGACUUGGUGUUCUCACAGGGGUCACACUUCAUGGCCAACAAGAGGUGUCAGUUGCCAGAUGGGUCAUUCAGGAAGCAGAGGAAAGGCUAUGAAGAGGUCCACGUACCCGCGUUGAAACCGAAACCGUUCGGGGAGAACGAAAAACUGGUGCCCGUAGAUCAACUACCUCGUUACGUGCAGCCCGUCUUUGAGGGUUUCAAGACGCUAAAUCGUAUCCAGAGCAAGCUUUGCAAGACGGCCCUGGAAUCGGACGAGAAUCUAUUGCUGUGUGCACCCACUGGUGCCGGUAAAACCAACGUAGCUUUACUGUGUAUGAUGAGAGAAAUUGGCAAACACAUAAACGCGGAGGAUGGCACGAUAAAUGCGGACGAUUUUAAAAUCAUCUACGUGGCCCCUAUGCGGUCGUUGGUACAAGAAAUGGUAGGAAACUUCGGCAAGAGGCUAAGCAGCUACAACAUAACCGUGUCAGAGUUGACGGGCGAUCAUCAGCUGACCAGAGAGCAGAUCCAGGCGACCCAGAUCAUCGUUUGCACUCCUGAAAAGUGGGAUAUCAUCACCAGGAAGGGUGGAGAGAAGACGUUCACUUCUCUUGUGAGAUUAAUCAUCAUCGAUGAAAUUCACCUUCUGCAUGAUGAAAGAGGACCAGUACUAGAGGCCUUGGUUGCUCGUACGAUCAGAAUGAUCGAGUCCACUCAAGAGGACGUACGGAUGGUCGGUUUAUCAGCUACAUUGCCGAAUUACCAGGACGUAGCUGCCUUCCUCAGAGUUAAAGCAGAUACUGGCUUGUAUUAUUUUGAUAAUAGCUUCAGGCCUGUAGCAUUGGAACAGCAGUACAUUGGUGUGACUGAGAAGAAAGCACUUAAGAGAUACCAGGUGAUGAACGAAAUCGUGUACGAAAAAACUAUGGAACACGCUGGCAGAAACCAAGUCCUCAUCUUCGUGCAUUCGCGCAAGGAAACCGGCAAAACUGCUCGCGCCAUCAGAGACAUGUGCCUAGAGAAGGACACGUUGGGUCAGUUCCUAAGAGAAGGAUCCGCUUCCAUGGAGGUAUUGAGGACAGAGGCUGAACAGGUGAAGAACCAAGAACUGAAGGACCUGCUGCCAUAUGGGUUCGCGAUACAUCACGCUGGGAUGACCAGGGUGGACAGGACGUUGGUAGAGGAUCUGUUCGCAGACAGGCACAUACAGGUUUUGGUGUCGACGGCUACGUUGGCCUGGGGUGUGAAUUUGCCGGCGCAUACUGUCAUUAUCAAGGGUACACAAAUAUACAACCCGGAAAAAGGCAGGUGGGUAGAGUUAGGUGCUCUAGAUGUACUGCAGAUGCUGGGUAGAGCUGGUAGACCUCAGUACGAUAGCAAAGGUGAAGGUAUACUGAUCACCAACCACAGUGAGCUCCAGUAUUACCUAUCGCUCCUCAAUCAACAGCUUCCGAUUGAAUCUCAGCUUGUCUCUAAGUUGCCUGACAUGCUUAACGCUGAGAUCGUGCUAGGCACCGUUCAGAAUCUUAGGGAUGCUGUUACUUGGUUGGGGUACACAUAUCUGUACAUAAGGAUGUUGAGACAACCAACUUUGUACGGCGUCUCCCACGACCAUCUGAAGAAAGACCCUCUUCUGGAACAACAUAGAGCCGACCUCAUUCAUACGGCAGCUCUACAUUUGGACAAGAGCGGUCUGAUCAAAUACGACAGGAAGACAGGACAGUUCCAAGUGACCGAGCUGGGGAGAAUAGCAUCUCAUUACUAUUGCACCCACGAAACGAUGCACACGUAUAACCAACUGUUGAAGCCAAUGUUGAGCGAGAUAGAGCUGUUCAGAGUGUUCUCGUUGUCUGGGGAGUUCAAGAAUAUUGCUGUGAGGGAGGAGGAGAAGUUGGAGCUGCAGAAGCUGAUGGAGAGGGUGCCUAUCCCUAUCAAAGAAAGCAUGGAAGAGCCGAGCGCCAAAGUGAACGUCCUUCUUCAAGCGUACAUCUCCCAACUGAAACUUGAAGGUUUCGCCUUGAUGUCUGACAUGGUAUACGUGACCCAAUCCGCAUCACGUCUGAUGCGCGCCAUAUUCGAAAUCGUCCUCCACAGAGGUUGGGCCCAGUUAGCCGACAAAGCUCUGGCGCUGUGCAAGAUGGUGGACAAGCGGAUGUGGCAGUCUAUGUCUCCGCUCAGGCAGUUCAGGAAGAUACCGGAAGAGAUUGUCAAAAAGAUUGAGAAGAAGAAUUUCCCGUGGGAACGGUUAUACGAUCUGGGCCCUAACGAAAUCGGCGAACUGAUUCGUGUACCCAAACUGGGGAAAACGAUCCACAAGUAUGUUCAUCAGUUUCCUAAGUUGGAGCUGUCCACCCAUAUCCAACCAAUAACGCGAUCGAUGCUGAAGGUUGAGUUGACCAUCACUCCGGACUUUCAGUGGGAGGAAAAAGUCCACGGACAAUCUGAAGCUUUUUGGAUUCUGGUAGAAGACGUAGAUUCGGAAGUGAUACUGCAUCACGAGUACUUUUUAUUGAAAUCAAAAUACGCCCAGGAUGAACAUCACGUCAAGUUCUUCGUACCAAUUUUUGAACCUUUACCACCACAGUAUUUCCUCAGAAUCGUCUCGGAUCGAUGGAUUGGAGCAGAAACGCAACUACCUGUGUCUUUCAGGCAUCUGAUACUACCAGAGAAGAAUUUCCCACCCACUGAAUUGUUGGAUCUGCAGCCGUUACCCAUAACAGCUUUGAGAAAUGAAAAAUAUGAAGCACUGUAUGCUGAUAAAUUUCCACAGUUUAAUCCCAUACAAACGCAGGUUUUCAAUUCGGUGUACAACAGUGAUGACAACAUCUUCAUUGGAGCUCCAACUGGAUCAGGCAAAACCACAAUAGCUGAAUUUGCCAUAUUGAGACUGUUUGACAGAAAUCCAGAAGGCAGAUGUGUUUAUCUGGUUCCAAAAGACGCUCUGGCUGAGCUGAUUUUCGCUGAUUGGCAUAACAAAUUUGGACAGAAUAUUGGCAAAAAGGUGGUUCUUCUAACUGGCGAAACUGGUACAGAUUUGAAACUGCUGGCCAAAGGUCAGAUCAUCAUCACCACGGCGGAGAAAUGGGACGUUCUUUCUAGGAGAUGGAAACAAAGAAAGAACGUACAAAAUAUCAAUCUGUUCAUCGUAGACGAAUUGCACCUCAUUGGAGGGGAAGAUGGUCCCGUUAUAGAAGUGGUGUGCUCGAGAAUGCGAUACAUUUCGUCUCAGAUUGAGAAACCUAUUAGGAUCAUCGCCUUAAGUGCUUCUCUAACAGAUUACAAGGAUGUUGCUCAGUGGCUUGGUUGUAACACAAACUGUACCUUCAAUUUCCACCCAAGCGUCAGGCCUAUACCGUUGACCUUACACGUACAAGGAAUCAAUAUUACACACAAUGCGUCCCGGUUGAUCGCCAUGGCAAAGCCCGUGUACAACGCUAUAGUGAGAUACAGUCCACAUAAGCCAGCUAUAGUGUUUGUACCAACAAGAAAGCAAGCAAGACUCACUGCGAUAGACUUGCUGACCUAUGCAGCAGCUGAGGGUCAGCCCAGCAAGUUUUUCCAUGCUGAAGAAGAAGAUAUUAAGCCAUUCUUAGACAGAAUGAGUGACAAGACCCUAAAGGAAACUCUCUCGCAAGGCGUAGCCUACAUGCACGAAGGCCUCUCCGCCAGCGACCUACGUCUAGUAGAGCAACUGUUCGACUCCGGCGCUGUCCAAGUGGCCGUGGUCACUCGUGACCUCUGCUGGGCGGUAAACAUCUUCAGCUACCUCGUGGUAAUCAUGGACACGGAGUUUUAUAACGGCAAGAUCCACGCGUACGAGGACUACCCAAUCACGGACGUACUGCAGAUGGUGGGCAGAGCGAAUAGGCCACUUGAAGACGAUGACGCUAAAUGCGUGCUGAUGUGUCAGAAUAGCAAGAAGGAUUUCUUUAAGAAGUUUUUGAGUGAUCCUUUGCCGGUAGAGAGCCAUCUGGAUCACCGUCUACAUGACCAUUUCAACGCUGAAAUCGUCACAAAAACAAUUGAGAACAAACAGGAUGCUGUAGACUACCUCACAUGGACGUUCUUAUACAGACGACUGACACAAAAUCCCAACUACUACAAUCUGCAAGGCGUGACACACAGACAUCUUUCUGACCAUCUGUCGGAACUAGUGGAAAGUACAUUGUCAGAUUUGGAGCAGUCCAAGUGUAUCAGUAUCGAAGAUGAAAUUGAUUGUAUACCUUUGAAUUUGGGAAUGAUUGCAGCGUACUAUUACAUCAAUUAUACAACUAUAGAAUUGUUCAGUUUAUCCCUGAACAGCAAAACCAAAAUCCGAGGCUUGCUGGAGAUCAUCUCGUCAGCGGCCGAAUACGAGGACAUUCCAGUCAGGCAUCACGAACAGAAUGUUUUACGUCAGCUGGCUCAGAAGCUGCCCAACAAACCGACGGCCUCUGGCGGUGGACAAGCGAAGUACAAUGAUCCACACGUCAAGACGAAUCUUCUAUUGCAAGCGCAUCUGUGCAGGUUGCAAUUGGGAACUGAGUUGCAGAGUGAUACCGAGAUCGUACUGUCCAAGGCUAUUCGCUUGAUCCAAGCUUGCGUGGAUGUGCUCAGUUCAAAUGGUUGGCUGUCACCAGCUGUUGCUGCCAUGGAACUUGCACAGAUGGCAACGCAAGCCAUGUGGAGUAAAGAUUCGUACCUGAAGCAGUUGCCUCACUUUACUAAUGAAAUCAUCAAGAGAUGCGCUGAUAAACGUGUCGAAACUGUGUUUGACAUAAUGGAACUAGAAGAUGAAGACAGAAGCAAGCUACUCCAGCUUACUGACAGUCAAAUGGCAGACGUCGCUCGAUUCUGCAACCGUUAUCCCAAUAUCGAACUGACAUAUGAGGUGAUGGACAAGGACCAAAUACAUUCUGGAUCAUCAGUCCAUGUAGCAGUUCAGUUGGAAAGAGAGGAUGAAGUUAGCGGUCCUGUUAUUGCACCGUUCUUCCCACAGAAACGUGAGGAAGGUUGGUGGGUGGUGAUCGGUGAUGCAAAGACAAAUUCUCUACUAUCCAUCAAAAGGCUAACGCUACAACAGAAAGCUCGCGUAAAGUUGGACUUUGUUGCACCAAGUCCCGGCCAUCAUAACUAUGCCCUGUACUUCAUGAGUGAUGCUUAUUCAGGAUGUGAUCAGGAAUAUAAAUUCUCUAUAGAUGUAGGUGACUUUGAGUCUAGUGCGAGCGAUUCUGAGUAAUGUAAGGGAUGUGAUGUUCUUUUUUUAUUUGUAUUACGGUUGAUGUAAUAUAUAGAUAUGAUAGUAAUA